GUGGAUCACGUGUCCGGAAGUAGCGCCGCUCGCGGUGUCCCAUGUCUCCCGAAGCUCCCGGGACGACGCGCUGUCGUGAGGUCGCGGUCCGGCCGGCGGGGAUCCGGAGAACCCGGGGGUCUGAAGCAUGGGGCUCCUGGCCGCGGUCCGGAGGGAGUGGUUCAUCAUCGGCAUCGUGCUCGUCAUCCUGUCCGCCAAACUGCAGCCCAGCGUCGGCGUCAGAGGAGGGCCGUUAAAACCAGAGAUCUCCGUCGCCUACGUCGCCGUCUCGCUCAUCUUCUUCAACAGCGGCCUGUCGCUGAAAACAGAGGAGCUGACCAGCGCUCUGCUUCACGUGCGUCUCCACCUCUUCGUCCAGACCUUCACGCUCGUCUUCUUCCCGCUGGCCGUCUGGCUGCUGCUCAAAGUGCUCGCGCUCACCGCCAUCGACCAAUGGCUGCUCAGAGGGUUACAGACGGUGAGCUGCAUGCCCCCCCCGGUCUCCUCGUCCGUCAUUCUCACAAGCGUCGGAGGCAACGAGGCUGCUGCCAUCUUCAACUCAGCGUUUGGAAGCUUCCUGGGAAUCAUAGUGACUCCAGUGCUGCUGCUGCUGUUUCUCGGCUCCUCCUCCUCCGUUCCCUUCUCCUCCAUCUUCUCUCAGCUGUUCAUGACGGUGGUGGUUCCGCUGGUCCUGGGUCAGGUGUGUCGGGGUUUCCUCAGGGAAUAUCUGGAGCGCAGAAAGCUCCCGUUCGGCGCCGUCAGCAGCGGCGUCCUCCUCAUGAUCAUCUACACCACCUUCUGUGACACCUUCAGCAACCCCCACAUCGAGCUGGACCCCACCAGUCUGCUGCUGGUCGUCCUCAUCAUUUUCUUCAUCCAGCUCAGCUUCAUGCUGCUCACGUUUGCCUUUUCAACCAGGUCGGGCUCAGGCUUCAGUCCUGCAGACACCGUCGCCAUCGUGUUCUGCUCCACACACAAGUCUCUCACCCUGGGUAUCCCCAUGCUGAAGAUCGUGUUCAAGGGCUACGAGCAUCUCUCUCUGAUCUCGGUUCCUCUGUUGAUUUACCACCCGGCUCAGAUUCUGCUCGGCUCCGUCCUCGUGCCGACCAUCCGGAGCUGGAUGACCAGCCAGCAGAAGGCGCUGAAGCUGUCGACUCUUCAGCCCGUCUGACGGAGGAGAGGAAGCGGGUGUUCCGAUGGUUCUUCCACGUGCCUUAUUACGAAUAAUCAACAGAGGCCUCACCGCGGCGUGGGGGGGGGGGGGGCGUGACCCCUACCGGACCCCUCAGAUUGUGUGACGAGACAGAAAAUGUCAUAUUGUCAUAUGUAUUAUUUUAUAUUUCAAAGAAGCAUAAUAAUAACUUUUAUUUUUUAUAUGAAAUACCUGCAAAAAGAGCAUAAGUGUUUUUUUGGAGUACUUCAUUUGAAUAAUGCCCCCCCCUCACUCCUGAAGCAGGAAAGACAGAGUUCUUUUUAAAACUUUCUGGCUGUUUUCUACUUUUUUUCUACUCUCUUUAGCUGUUCCUGCCAGCGAAUGAGGACAUGUGUUACAUUUCUGAUUUGAGUCUGAUGUUUAAUAUCCAGGAUAAGAACGAGUUUCUGAUUCAAAAUAUUUAUCUGUUGACAUGAAGGGAAUCGGGCGAUCUUUCCUGUAUCUCUAGAUUAUCAUUUUCUACGCAGAUGAGACCUCAUUCUAUCUGAGUGAUAUCGUGAAGUACGGCUAACUAGGGAUUAUUGGAGGAAUACAAAUUUUGACUGGAUGACAAAAGUCAGGGGGCCACAAAAGCUUUUACUGUUCAUCCUGCGGGGACCUUGAAUGUCUGAAUCAAAUGUCACGGCUUUCCAUCCAACUGUCUAGAUUUUGACAACCAGGUUCGUCAUGUUGAUAUUUUGAAGUAGAAACUGAGCCACUUGUGGCGCUACAGGAAAGUUCAGGGAACCACCAAAGCAAUUGUGCUUUGUCAUCUGGGAACCACGAAUGUCUGUAUCAAAUCUCAUGGAGAUCCUUUCACUAGUUCCCUACUGGCCGUUUAUCCUAUUCAUCGAGACGACAGCGAACGCAUCAUUGUCACAACCAAUCAAAACUGGAGCUGCGACAUCCCUCAAAGCUGCUCUGUGACGUGACCAAAUGGACAUUAACUUUCGGACAAUGUACAAAUAAAAGGGCUCAGACUUUGCUCAGGGGCACUUCGGCAGCAUUCCUGUUAAACAUUUGCUGGGGUUGCGAAUCUGGACAAUGAUUUAUAGUAAUACUGAUAGAACUAGAAUUGGUAUAUCUGCUGUGUUGGCUGGGAAUAUUUCUCCUCCACCGAUGAGUUUGGUUUCCUCGUUGGACGAAACGUGCAUCGUUGUAUUCACGGCAACUUGCUUGUUUACCGUAGAUACAUAUUCCUCCACAGGACAACCCCCGCAAUCAGAUUGAUUUCAUCCAAAGACGCAACGAUCUGUUUGCAGAGAGAGCCUUUUGUUGGUGGGGUGUUUUGGAAAGAAAGAUAUUUAGUAAGAAAUCUGUUUCCUUUCACUUGUUUACAGCGCCCAGAAAUAAACCUACAAACUUAAAACAUA